AGUUUACUAAAAUAAGGAUGAUGUCAACCGAACAUACAUUACAAGUUUGUUGAAAUAAGGAUAUAUGUAACUCAGUUCUUUGCUAAAUGCAUUGACAGCAGAUUCCUCUUGUUUACAGAAAUAGCGAUGAUGUCAUUUGAACAUAGUUAAAUGCAAAAUGCUUUGACAGCAGAUUUACUUAAAUAGGAAUGAUGUCAAGUGAACAUUAUGAUAUUGUGAUAGUGUUACACUCGACUCAAACAUAAAUCUAUAAAUGGUAAUUUUACGUUGACAUUGACUUAUUCUUAUGACCAGUCCAACAGGACUUGGAUGAGCUUGGUUGUUAACGGAUGAACAUAUGAGAUAAUGCCUAAGCAAAAAUCAAAGAAGAAAAGUGGAUAUGUGCCAUAUGCUGUAGGUUUCAAAAAACCUUCUGAACAGGCAAAAAUUCAGGCUAUUGGAUCUCGGCCCAUGGUUCCAGAAUUAGACCCACAGUCUUUCAAAGAAUUCAAUUUUUUUCCAUCCAUUCCUCAGGCAACAAGUAUCGAUGAUUGGCUUGCACAGUAUGACGAGGAAGGACAAUCUUAUGGUGAUUAUCUUAGUCAAUGUCCAUGGCUUUCAACUAGAAAGUUGAAGUACAUGCAACAACAAUUUGUGAAAAAUGGGAAAACCAUUUUGGAAAAAUACCCAAAUGGUAAAAUAUACCUUCUACCUUUAGGAGACUUCACAGGUGAAAAUUGUGUCAAAUUUAAAACUUUGAUAGAUUUUGCUCAGAUGUAUUUGGGUAUACCUGUAGCUGCAUUACCUGGAAUUGCUCUUCAAGAGGAAAAUCAUAAAAUUUUCUGGACAGAAAAUCCAGAAGAUCGACAAGCGUAUGGUGAAAGGGCAAGUGCUCGAAAGAGAAAAUUUGAAAUAAACUCCAGGUACCAUCCAGGAACAAAACAUAUGCAGCUGAAAGUGGACGAGACAUUGCUACGUCUGCGGAGCAUCAUUCCAGCAGACGCCAUCUGUAUGGUUGGUCUCACUAUGUAUGAUCUCUAUGGCGACGACACUGACCUUUUCGUAGCUGGAAUGGCUUCUGGGAAUCAUCGUGUUGCAGUGUUCAGUUUCAAUAGGUAUGACCCUGCUCUAAGUUUCUCUGUUGAGAAGUGGUAUGAUAUUACAUGUGACAGCUCCAUGAGUUCUAGUGACCGACGAAAACUGAUUCUACAAAGAAGUUGUAAGCUCCUUGUUCAUGAAAUUGGCCAUCUGCUUGGAAUUGAUCACUGUAUAUACUACGAUUGUUGUAUGAAUGGAUCUGGCCACUUGUCCGAGGACUUCAGACAACCGAUGCACCUGUGUCCUGUCGAUCUCCAUAAGAUUCAAACAUUGGUGGGAUUUGAUGUAGUUGAGAGAUAUGAGCACCUUGCUAGGUUUUACAAGGAGCAUGAAAUGAAUGAAGAGCACAAAUGGGUGACAAAGAGGAUUGAGUUCAUUACAAACCAAUAAAAAAUGUGAUGAUUAUAAGAGCAUACAAUAACAAUGAGAUACCGUAUUCAACCUAACCACUACAUAACACAAGACAGGUGUACUAUAUAAGAGAAGUGGUUUUGAAAUCAGGGCUUAAAUGUUUCUUUUUUCCUUUUUUGUUUUGGAAUUAAUAGUGUUUUACCUCAUUCCUUUUCUAGGAAAAAGGGGAGAUCCUUUUACAGAUGAAGGUAUGUUUAUUAGGUUCAAUACGGUAUCUUUAAAUAAGCUCUUAAUUCUUUAAUAACUUGGAUAUUGAACAUGGGUAAAGCACCUAUCUGUUCCAUCAGAUUUGACUUUCGGACAUGUACAGUCAAACCUGCUCUGAAUAAGCGGCCACCUCCAUUAAGCGGCCAGUCUGUGGUCUGCCCAAUGGAAAACACUAUAUAAGGAACCUUAAAUAAGCGGUCACCUGUCCUAACGCUGCCAACGGCCACAAAACUUUGCCCCGAGUCGUUGUAUCAUCCUGUAUUAAGCGGCCAUUAUGUACGGAAAUAGACAUCUGCGAUGAUCACAUGACCAGGUAUUUUUAUCGAUCAUCACAUGAUUUGUUUUGGUCUAUGAUAAUCUCCGCAUAGAACCCUUCUCACUGGUCAAAACUUUGAUCUUUGUUGGUUUUCAUUUCAAAAUACACUGUACAUGGUAUAUUGUUAUCAAUAUCAAAAUACAUGUAUGAAUAAGUGCAUUUUUAUAUGAUAAAUUCAAUAAACUGUUGAAAAAAGAAUUGGGCAAUAGGCCGUUUCUGGCCAACCUGGUUUAAGCAACUACCUGUCUUAAGCAGCCACUAUCUGUCGGUCCCUUGGGUGGCCGCUUAAUACAGGUUUGACUGUAUUUUAUUCAGGCUACAUAAUCCCUGAAUUUUUUUCCAUCAUUUAUGUCUUCAGGGAAGUAUAAUCAAGAUAUAUUUUGGAUGAUUUUACAAUGAUUAUUCUAUAUUUAGACUGUGAUAACUUUAACAUUUUAAUUUAUGUUGAUUUUUUGUUUUGAAAUAAAGCAGAAAUGGAA